AUGAUGGGUAUCUCACCAAUGCAAUUCAAGCAUCUCGACACCACAAACAACUGGUAUCGUCGUGGUGAAGACAACCUGGAGUAUCGUUUCGGCCAAGCUCUAGACUUGCAACCUGAUAUGCUAGAGUUCCAGACCUGGAACGAUGCUGGCGAAGGCCACUAUAUGGGUAACAUCUGGGAUGAGCCCAUGUCGGGCUCUUCCAAUAUUCAAGCACUGGUCAAGGACCGUGAUCAUAAAGGGUACUGGCAGGUUCUUCCAGCUUUCAUCCAAGCUUGGAAGCGUGGCGACAGGACAACCGCGAACAUGGUACCCACCAGCGAAAGCCCUGUUCAAGGUGUCUUCUGGCACCACACACUUACUGUCGAUGCCGACUGUGGAUCAGACCCUCUAGCAAAGUCCGCAGACAUCAAAACAGUCGCUGAAGACGCUGUCAGUGGUAUUGUGCUUGUGGCAGAAGGCAAGACUAACCUCGUCGCUGUUGUCAAUGUUGGCUCGAAGGAACUGGGUAAUCAGAACUUGGUUGAGGGUUACAACAAAUUCAAGUUCGGUGGCUUGACAACCGGUAAGGUGCAGCUUGAGGUAUGGGAUGGCAGUACCCUGAUUGGUGGAGGCUACGGUAAGAUCGCGGUACAAAAUUCUAAUCACCGUCUUUGA